GUCGAGCCACAAGCUCCACAGCCACAGCCAAACCAGCAGCCGACGCAGUGUGUGUUGAGUCAGAGCCAGAACCACAGUCAGCUGCCCCCGUCGCAGCCCACCCAACAACCACUGCCAAACAACCCGCAGCCCGUCCCCCUCCCUCCUCCUCUCGCCCUCCCCCUCUCAGUCCAACAGCCGCCCGACGUGCCGCUCUUCGCAGCACCAAGCCACCACAACCAGCAAGGGCAGCACAAGAAGCGCGGUCGACCGAAGGGCAAGGCCAAGGGCAAGGCGCACGGCAAGACACAGAUCAACAAGAACACCAAGACACGCAACAAAGGAGGUACGUACACACGCACGAAAAAGUCCAUCAGACCAGCCCACACUGCUCUUCUGCGUGUCAUGUGAUCAAUCAGGUGCAGCCAAGAAGAGGGCACCGAGGCCACAAGCACCAGCAGCGGCACUCGUGGCUGUCAAGACAGAGCCGACCGAUGACGAGCCGCCACGCCCCACACGAGACAACGACGACGUGCCGUCGCUGUUCCGUCGUCGGCUGAGUGCCACAUUGCUGGACAGCGUCGAGUGGGUGUGCGGUGUGUGUGGCAGUGACAGCGAGCGGCAGUCGUGUCUGGUGCUGUGCGAGGGGUCUGGGAGUGCGAGCCAUCUGUCCUGCCUCACGCCGCCACUCACACGGCCACCCUCGGGCGACUUCAUAUGCAACGACUGCGUGCAGGUCAGACAGACAGACACAGAAGGAAGAAGAAGCAAAGGAGAAGUGCGGCGUCCAUGUGUGUGUUUGUGUCUGUGACGUGUCAGCGGAAGGGCUUGGUGUGCGGUGGGAAGUUUCAGCGUGGCGAGAUCUGUUGGUGUGCGGUGCGGAGCGGUGUGAGUGAGCCGUGCUGUGUCGUGCAGUCAUCGCACAACAGCACUGACGGCGACACCUAUCAAGUCAUCGCUAUCGGAGACACGCAACACAACAGGUACACACACAUGUGCGUGCGUGGCCAAUGGAGGCGCACACACUCUUGUCUGCUGUGCGUGUGUGGAUGUGUCAGGGUGUGUGCGUCGAGUGGUGUGAUGGUGGACUGGGAGCAGGGGCUGGCGCGAUGGCAGCGGAUGCCCACACGCACACAGGAGGCCGACACACAACGACUUCGAGGGGUCAGCGACGCCAUACACAUCCUCGCCGGCACCAAAACCAUACACGACAUCAUCAUUGCAAACAAACCGACAAGUCAGAUACCAAACCAGACGGAAUCACAUACGUCCACCGUCCAUAUGUCUGUGUGUGUUUCAGGUGGUGGCGAGGGGGAGCAUCGCAUGGACGUCGCGCCACCAGAGCAGCCAGAGCAGCCGAGACGCAACAACAAGAAGAGACCGCCCUCACGUACACCAGACACGCAACCACCAGACAGAUGCAUGCCCGCUUGCCAGUAUCGUCUCUGCGUGUGAUCCUGCCUUUGUCCAUGCAUCAGGUGGAUUGAGUGUCGUCAGCCCCCGCAGCAACAACAACAAGAGGCGUCGCCAUCGCGGCCGCCGUCCCCAUCGAUCAGACAGCCCGGCAGACAGCCUGAUCGACCGGAGUGUCGUGGGCGAGUCGGCCAAGGCACUCAUCGCCCGAGUGCCCCCGCCUACCAGACAGCCACUCUGCCACAUCGCAUCCACCAAGCCACAGCCGCACAGGGACGGCAUCGGGACCCUGAGACGCCCCCCCACCAUCAUCAAGAACCCAAUCACCAUCAAGCCACGCACACAACAGGCACAGCCCCAGCAGCAGCCCGCCCCACACCCACACAACAAGCCAGCCGUGAUCAAGGCCGCGCCAGCCGCCGAUGCCGAUGCUGCUGUGCAGAGACAGAGCAAGAAGCCAUCGCAGCCACGGCCACCCAUCAACAAGAAUGACCACAAGAAGGGCAGAGAGGACGGCAAACAGCACAAACAGCAGGAGCAGCCCAAGUGAGCCACAGGGGGACACAAGAGAUCUCUGUGUGUCUGUGUGUAUUGAUGUGUGUAUUGUGUUGUGUUGAUGUCAGUCGUCCGUCGCGUACGACUCAGCGUGCCUGUGUGCUGGCCAACCCUCAGGCGUACGUCAACCAGAGAAUCACCUGCAAGUGGAAGGACGGUAGGUAGGGAAUGAUUAGAGGCCAACACACAACACACACUGGCCAAUAUCUGUGUGUUGUGUGUUGUGUUGUGCAGGUGUGUGGCACAGUGCACGUGUGGUUGCGUAUGACACCCUGUCGAAGCUGCACGACAUCACGUAUGACGACAACAAACAGACCAAGUCCAAAGUCGGACUGCACAGGUCCGCCACAGCGACACAGAGACACAGAGACACAGACCCACACCAGGUGCACCUCCUCUCGUGUGUCGUGUAGAUGUACCUUUAAAGUGCUGUGA